AUGAGCGGCGGAUUUGGACGAGGGAGAAUUGUCGAGCAGGAAAUUGACAGUUCAUACUUUCCAGGACCACAUUUUGCUCGGGUCAAUAAUAAAAUUGAAGGAAAUCGUGAUGGAAAUAAUGGUGCGCGGGAUUCUUUUGCUCCAACAAAUUCUGGUUUUCCGAGUGAAGAUUAUAUUGGUGACCGCGGCUGUCGUGGAAGUCAUGGUCGUAGUUUUUCUAGAGAUCGCAAUAAUGAUGACAAUGAAUAUUCAUGCGGUCGUAGAAGCGAGUUUUUUUGCGGAUUGUCAACUGGAAGCCGUGGUGGAUUUUCAUCAAGAUAUGGUGGUAGGGGUAGUGGUUUCUUACCAGAUAAUAAUGAGAAGAGAGGAUCUUCAAGAAGUGGCGGGGGCCGUGGUGGUGGUUUCGAUGCUGGUAGCAAUUUGGACGACAGUAAUAAUUUUGGUGACGGCGACUAUACUGGUGGAUUUUCUGGUGGUCGCCGCGGUGGCUUUGGUGGUUUCAGUAAUGAUAGUGACUCUGAAGAUUUUGCAAAUCGCAACCAUGGAUUCAGAGGAGAUCGCAUUUUCUCCAACAACUUCCGAAGAUUCCGUGCCAUGAGGGACAAUUUUCACAAUGGCAGAAAUGAAAGCUUUGGUAAAUUCGGUAAUGAAUACAGCAAAUUUCCAAGUGGACGAGGUAGCCGCAGUACUCAUGGCCUUGAUAACGAUUAUAACAAUAGUGGUUUUGAAGAUUUUGCUAGCAGAACUGAUACUGAGGAAACUUCUUUCGUCGCUCGGGACGAUUUUAAUAGUGGUUGCAGUAGUGAAGGAAAAAUGGGAUUUGAUCGUUCUAAUUUCAAUAGUGAUUGGAGUGAUAGACGAAGUAAUAAUCGAAGAAUGUAUGGGAAUGGUCAUUUAUGGAAUUUAAACAGGGGUAGAAGAACUAGUUUUGGCGACCGCGUAUUCGAAGAUGGAGUUGGGUCUGUUCGCUUCACGUCUCAUGUUCCAGAAGAUCGAUCUAUCGAAGAAAUGUAUAAAGAAGAUGCGGAGAAUGCAAAAUAUGAGACAGAUGAUUUGGAUCAAGAAGUCAAAAUAACAGGAGUUCCAAAAUUCCAGAAAUUACUGAAAUUAGAUGAUUGGAAAAACGCAGGUUUUGGAGAUUUGUUGUUGCGUAAUAUUAUCGAGAAAUCAUGCUAUUCAAAACCGCGGAGUAUUCAGGCUGCUGUUAUUCCACUUGUACAGAAUGGCUUGGAUAUGAUUGGGCAUGCCGAAACAGGUAGUGGCAAAACGGCCGCAUUUGUUUUACCAAUUAUCAAUCACAUCAUGAAAAAUGGUGAACCGAUUGAUUCAAAAUGCUCUCCAAUUGCUUUGAUACUAGCACCAACACGUGAAUUGGUCGGACAAUUAUACAAUCAAUCUAGAAAAUUCGCCGAUGGGACUGGUGUAACAGUAGCAAAAGCAUAUGGGCAAUACAAGUUCGUUGAAAAUAUAAUGGAACUGGAAAGAGGUUGCAAUAUGCUGUUUGCGACUAUGGGUAGAUUGAUAGAUUUCGUGGAGCAUAGGAAGGUGAAGUUGCACAACAUACGAUUUCUUGUGCUAGAUGAAGCCGAUCGUAUGCUUGGUCAAGAUUCGUUUCAAACGGAUAUUAUGAGUCUCAUUCACAAUCCUAGUUUUCCAUCGGUAAAGGAUCGACAAACUUUGUUGUUUAGUGCCACGUUUACACGAGAAGUACAGGAGUUAGCAGCAAAAGUUUUGAAAGAAAACCAUGCAUUUGUAUCAAACGGUAAAGUUACUGCAGCUAAUCCUCUUGUUGAGCAGAAUUUUAUUGAGGUUACAUCAGAAAAUAAAUUUGACAAACUGAUACAAUUAUUAGAAGAAGAUAAAGCGAAUAAUGGUGAUGUAUCACGUACUUUGGUUUUUGUUGAACGGAAACAGAUGGCUGAUGUUAUAGCUUUAAAUCUUGUUCAGAAAAAUAUACGAUCGAGCAGUAUUAGUGGAGAUCGCGUGCAGAAACAGCGCGAAGAAGCAUUAGCAGAUUUUCGGAAGGGUAAUAUUAAUGUCCUGGUUGCUACUGAUGUUUGCGCGCGCGGUAUUGAUGUCAAAGAUCUUCAGCAUGUGAUAAAUUAUGACAUGCCAAAGGAUCGUGUAACUUAUGUACAUCGUAUUGGGCGUACUGGUCGUCUCCACCGAGGUAAAGCGACAUCAUUCAUCAAUCUGGGUGAACAAGAUCCGACUUUGAUUGCCGAUAUUGUUCAGGUGGUUCGAGAAGUGCAACAAAUACCUCCGGAUUUUCUUCUUGAUAUCGCUAAUGAUCGCAUUGGAGGAGCUGAUUAUAUGGAGAAUCGACGAUCUGAUGACAAUGAUUUUGCCGGCAAAUUCAAAGAAGGAUUUUCGAAAAUUGGACGUAAGGACUUUCUCUUACUUUGA